CAUUUUCAAGAUACCUCCUUAUCGAGUAUCUUAAGUAAUCUAGGCAAAUCUAGGCCGAGAGCUUCCCCCACUCAGAAGCCAAGUGCAACCUUUUUCGGGGGUUGAGAAUCGCAACAUGGGAUGACAGCCAUCUCCAACUACAACUAUGCCCAUAACCACACCGUGACAGCCUACCUAUUAUCCGCCCACUCUCCUUGACAUCCGAAAACACACAAGCCCUGUAGAGGUUGUGCUGGUUAGCUGCCCGGGGCUUCGAACCACGGGACCAGAAGCAGCAAGACGCCCGAGAUAGGCAGGCAGAUCGAUUUGGCUCGACGCGAGACGGGAUAGGAACCCGUCAUACCUGCGUAUCGUUUCCCGGCCGCGCCCUACGCAGCCUCCGAGACUCCCUCAUCCGUCUACCGCACGCAGGUCGCGGCGGCCAGCUCUCCCUCUCUCUGCCUAUCUGCGCGCCGACCCGCGGCGACCACCCAUCCACCCACAAAGUUCCCCGACUCGCUCGCCGGGCAGGCGAGACCGCACCGACGCCUCGCGACCGCGCGCGCAGCACGCGCGGCACACGAGCAAGCGGCAGGCGCAGAGGCGCAGCACGCGCGCGGCCAUGUCCUUCUUCCGGAUCACGCUGCACCGGUCGGCGAUCGGGAUGCCGCGGCGGACGCGCGGGGUGCUGGCGUCGCUGGGGCUGCGCAAGCGCCAGCAGACGGUGUUCCACCCGGUGUCGCCCGAGUUCGCGGGCAAGAUCAUGCGCGUCAAGGAGCUCGUGCGCGUCGCCGAGGUCGACCGCGCCCUCUCCCCCGCCGAGCUCCGCGCCGAGCGCGCCCCCGAGCCCGGCUUCUGGCUCGAGCGCCCCGUCCCCCGCAGCCCCAUAACUCCCGUCGGCCGCGACGUCGCCCCCCCGCCUGCCCCCCCCGCCGCGCAGCCGCAAGAGGAGGCACGCCCUGAGGGCCCGGGCGCGUAGGAGGGCGCGGGGAAGGGGCUGGGAAGAGGGAGGGGAGGGGAAGGGAGUUGGAGGGGAGCUGAGGAGGAGAAGGAGGAGGAGGAGGAUGGCGACGACUGCGAGGGGCGGAAGAGGCGAGGCGGCGACGCGGGUCCGAGAGGGCGGUAUGU